AUGGCAAAGGCAAGCCGGGACAAUAAAACAUCUGUCACGGAAUUCAUCCUCCUGGGAUUCGGAGAUCUCCCUGAACUGCAGACCCUUCUCUUCCUGCUGUUUCUGGUGAUCUACAUUGUCACCAUGGCUGGGAACAUCCUCAUCAUUGUGCUUGUUGUGACUGAUCAGCACCUUCACACCCCCAUGUACUACUUCCUGGGGAACCUGUCCUGCUUGGAGACCUGCUGCAGCUCCACCAUCCUGCCCAGCAUGCUGGCCAGUUUCUCGACAGAGACAACUGAAAUGUCAUUUACUGGUUGUUUCAUGCAAUUAUAUGUCUUUGCUUCUCUGACAGGUGUAGAGUGUUAUCUCCUCUCUGUGAUGUCUUAUGAUCGGUAUCUAACAAUAUGCAAACCACUGCACUAUGAAGCCCGUAUGAAUGGCAGGUUCUGCCUCCAGCUAGCAGUUGGGUCUUGGCUAAGUGGAUUUCUAGCUAGUUCCAUCAUAAUAUCAUUGGCUUCUGAACUAAUUUUCUGUGGCCCCAACAAAAUUGACCAUUUCUUCUGUGAUUUCACCCCAAUAGUUAAACUCUCUUGCAGCAACACCUGCCUUGUCACACUUUUGGAUAUUGUGCUGUCAUCUGUAUUCACUUUGCCCCCAUUUCUGUUGACCCUGACAUCCUACGUUUGUAUCAUCACCACCAUCUUGAGAAUCCCUUCCACUGCCAGGAGGCAAAAGGCCUUUUCCACCUGCUCCUCCCACAUCAUUGUGGUGACAGUUUUCUACGGGACCCUGAUGAUUGUUUAUAUGUUACCAAACACCAAGAGACUGAGAGACCUGCACAAAUUUUUUUCUCUUUCCUACACAGUCUUUACUCCCAUGAUCAACCCGCUCAUCUACAGCCUGAGAAACAAAGAGGUCAAGGAGGCCCUUAGAAAAGGGAUGUGGAAAUGUAUGUCUCACACAUGA